UAUCAGUAACAAAAUUAAUAAGUGAUGCUUCUCCGAACUUUAUCUAGCACGUGCUCGAGUUCAAACACAAAUAUAGUGAAAGUGUUUAAUAGAGUUAUGUCCAACGAUGCAGUUCUUCGUGAUAUCUUUAUUAAAUCCGUGCAAUCAGUACAACCGGAAUAUUUGAUACAAAAUGAAGUAAAUGUGCAUCAGCGCACUCUAACGGUGAGAGGUGAAAGUUAUAAUUUAAAACGAGCCUGCUAUGUGGUAGGAUUCGGUAAAGCUGUGUAUGGAAUGGCUUCUGAAUUGGAGCGCAUUUUGGGAAGUAACCUACAGAGGGGGGUUGUGAAUGUGCCAGUAGGCAUAUUUGAAAAAUAUGAAAGAGCAAUAGGGUGGAAGAUUGAAUAUGUUGAGGGUGCCAAGAAUAAUCUACCUGACGAAAUGGCCUUAAAGGGCGCCGAGAUGAUUAAGGAAUUGGCCGAGAAGUUGAACGAAGAUGAUUUAUUGAUUGUACUCGUAUCAGGUGGCGGUUCUGCUCUUCUGCCUCUUCCUGUUCCUCCAAUAACUCUGAAACAAAAACAAAAUCUAGUUAAGGACUUGGCGAAAAGAGGAGCCGAUAUCAACGAACUGAACUGCGUCCGCAAAAAAAUCUCUAUUGUGAAAGGAGGAGGCUUGGCGGAAUUGGCCUAUCCAUGUCGCAUUAUUUGUUUCGUGCUAUCCGAUAUUAUUGGGGACCCAUUAGAUUUUAUAGCCAGCGGCCCAACAAUGCCGAACACGGAUCCGUCAGAGAUGGCUGCCACCAUUCUCAAGAAAUACCGGCUAGAUGGCGAAAUUCCAACGUCGAUAAAAAGUGUGAUCGAAACAACCGAGAAAAGAGACGAGAAAAGAUGUCCGGUAACAAAUGGGGAAUACGAGCACGUCAAGACGUACGUGAUAGGUAAUAACAAAAUAGCAGCCGAAGCCGCGAAACAUGAAGCAAUAAACAAGGGCUUUCAAUCAGCCAUCAUUUCGACACAAAUCGAGGGAGAUGUGGGCCAAAUUAGCAAGAUUUAUGCCGAGUUUGCACGCAACAUCGCUUCCGUAAUUAGCGAUCUCGGGAACAAGGACAAUCUCCAAGUUUUUCUACGAACUUUUUCAAAGGGUUUGCGUGCUGAAGAGGGAUUCAUCCAGGAAGUUCUGGAUAUGGAUUAUACCAAAGGAGUUUGUUUUGUGUUUGCAGGAGAGCCGACAGUCGUAGUAAAGGGAACGGGAAAAGGAGGAAGAAACCAACAAUUAGCCCUGGCCUUCUCGAUGGAAGUUAAUAAGCUGGAUAUAAAAGGGGCUGAUAUUUCAUUUCUAAGUUGCGGAACAGAUGGUAUAGAUGGUCCGACAGAUGCCGCCGGAGCCAUAGCAAUUAGUGAUUUUAUGAAACACACGCAGAAUAUUAAUCCGGAGUUAUAUCUGGAAAAUAAUGACGCUUACGGCUUUUACGAGACAUAUAAUGGUGGUCAGAACUUGGUAAAAAUAGGCCAUACCGGAACUAAUGUUAUGGAUAUUCACCUCAUGAUUAUCGAGCCGAAAAUAUAAAGAUAAUAAAAAUGUAAAGAAAUAUGAUAGAUUUUUAAUAAAGAUAGUAACGUUUGGA